UACAAAGACCUAGAGCAUACAAAUUCUCGCAUCCGUUUAAAGUAGUUUUGUUUUGGUACAUGGUGAUAGGUAGGAAAAGAGCUAGAUCGUAGAUCCAAGGACCACCACAGCAUUUUAUCUUGGGUGAAAGCCUCAUGACUCGCUGCCAAAUAUACUGCUAGAAAACUCCGCCUCUGUGAUUUAUCGCCUCCCCUUUGACGAGCACCAACCCCGACAUUCGCGAGUCCAAAACCAGCUACCUUUAGCUACCAAGCUAACCAAACUGCCAGUUUCCCUCAUGUCCUCUGAGGAAGGAUUGAGUUCAACGAUCACGGAUUGGCUAUUUUUUAAUUCCUGGUGGCUCCUUUUGCCUUUCAUUAUGCUUUUAGUUGUUGCUGCAUUCAUCGUAGCUUUCGUAUUGUUGUUGUAUAUGAUAUCCCCCUUGAUUAGCCCCAAACCUCUGAAAUUAAACGGGGCCCACGUCGUGGUAACUGGAGGCUCUAGUGGAAUAGGGAAAAGCAUUGCUAUGGAGUGCUACAGACAAGGAGCCUUCAUCACACUAGUGGCAAGAGAUGAGAGUAAGUUAGUCCAAGCAAAAAAAGAAGUGGAGAAAUGUGCAAUUAAUGACAAGCAGGUGGUUCUCUGCAUAUCUGUUGAUGUAUCCAAGGACUACGGGCAGGUGGAAAGUGUGAUUAAGCAGUGUCAAGAGAAGCUUGGUCCGGUGGACAUGCUUGUGAACUGUGCUGGAACGUCCUACUCUGGGAAGUUUGAGGAGGUGGAGAUGGAGCGCUUCAGGAGUCUGAUGGAGGUGAACUACCUGGGCAGUGUAUAUCCAACUCGGGCUGUAAUUACUACUAUGAAAGAGCGGAGGAUGGGACGCAUCUUGUUUGUCUCAUCCCAGGCCGGCCAGAUCGGCCUGUUUGGCUAUACAGCCUACUCCCCCUCCAAGUUUGCGCUGCGCGGCCUGGCUGAGGCCCUGCAGAUGGAGAUGAAGCCAUAUAAUAUCUAUGUGACAGUGGCCUACCCCCCCGACACUGACACUCCAGGACUGGCAGAGGAGAAUCGGACCAAGCCUUUAGAGACCAGGUUGAUCUCUGAGACGUCUGGAGUGACUCAGCCAGAGCAGGUGGCUAAGAUCUUGGUCAAGGAUGCUGUGCAAGGUAACUUCAACAGCUCAGUGGGGCCAGAUGGCUACAUGCUGUCAGCUCUCACCUGUGGAAUGUCUCCUGUCACCUCCAUCACAGAGGGCCUCCAGCAGAUUGUCACCAUGGGAUUGUUCCGGACCAUUGCCCUGUUCUAUCUAGGGAGUUUUGACAGCAUCGUGCGUCGCUGUAUGAUCCAGAGGGAGCAGGCCAAAGCCACGGACAAGAGGGAGUAACGCGCCCUCCAUCCAGACCUCUCUAGACAUAGCCACCGGGGGAAACCCACCCCAGCCACCCCUCCCCCUUCUCUAUGUCAUUCCUGUUAAGUGCACAACCCUGGGUUAUCUCUUGACCAGGUAUUUCAUGCACCAAUAAUAUCGAAGUAAAAAAGAUGGCGGGUGUUCUUUUCAUUUGACCUGUAAUGUAGAACUACCCUACUUGGCAGCCAUUUUGUUUGUCAACUAUUUACAUAAUUCCAGUGGAAUUAUUGUUUACGCAAGUGCUCCAUGAAAUGUUCGACUAACUACACCUGCUUUACUGAAGGGUCUUUGAGGGCACACUAAACAUCCCUACUGGCCAUGUCAACAAACUGACAUUUUCGCAUGCCUUUAGUGAAGAACAAAUUAGGGAAAGCCAGUCUGACUGGUUAUGUCUGCAUGUAGACCUCCAGUCCUUUUCCCUACGUCAGAGGGAACUAGAAUGAUGACUAACGCCACGUCAUUCAGUCCAUUUUGAGUCAGCCAUCCCGACCAUGACAAACGACCAUUAUUUCCCCUAAAGGGUUUUAACCUUCCUUCAAAACAGUUUUGUUGCUAAUAUCUUUGCAGGCAAAGCUUCUGUUUAUCUGCCUUUUUUUAUUACACUGUCUCACCCUUCCAGGUGUUUAACUGUGGAUGUGAACUGGGUUUUUGGCCCAUUCUGUCGAUGCACUCACAGAGCUGAGUGAUAUCACGUCACAGUGUUGAGAAAGCAUGAGCAGGUGAGCAGUGUGAAAUGUAAUCGCUUCCCGGAAGUGACUACAGAAGCAUUUUCAGUUCGAGAGAUUGUGUAUGCGAGUAUGAGUGAAAGCGUGUCGGAAGCAGAUGGGAGAGAUUACAAUGCAGCGUUGUAUUGCAAUGUGUUUGAAUGACUGUACCCUGACCACGCCUAUUCCAGGGAGACAGAGAAGCCAUUGGACACCGGUGGUGUCUGGGGGACAUAAACCCUCCUUCGUCCUGUAUUCAUCUUAAUUGCCUGUCGCUGUCACAUUCUUUGUUUGUUACCGGAAGUUGACGCAGCAUGUAAAACAUAAGCAUGGUACUGGCGCCAGACACAAUAGAUUCACUACAGCUGAUGCCGGGCGGGGGGGGGGGUCUCGCAGGUUCGAGCAAAUUUCCUUUAGGCCAACAGAGGGCGUCAGAGCUCUUUCAUAGAGGAUAAGCGGGACAAGGGAAGAGGGACUGGCGCACUCAGUCUGCAUAGCUUCAUAACGGAGCUCUUGUAUUGUUCUGCCUGUUUUGACAUGGUCCUGCACAGUCACUGUGGCUGUUAUCCCCUACUGCCCACUGUGUUUUUAGUUCUGUCCUGAAGUCCUCCUAAUCUAUAGCAUUCAAAAUGUUCCAGAAUGAAUUUUACCUUCUUGGCCUUCACAGCAUUUUGCAUGGUGGGGGAGAUAAACACAUGCUGUCUUCCUUUCAUUAACUGUGGGGAGAAUGUUCUUAACUUGAAUCGGAAAGUAGAAAUACUUUUUAGAUUCACCAAUAUUGAAAACAUAUUGAAACCAUUUCUAUAAAUGCAUUUGCAACCUUGAGAUUUUGUUUGAUGUUAAGGCUUUGUUCUAUUGUAGAUUAACUGUAGUUGGUUGUGCAAUGAAGCACUACAAUUGUGGGGACCCAUUUCAAGCCUUAAGAGAGAACUGCAGAUGACACUAAUCCUAAAACAAAAUUAUCGGCACAAAAUAGUGUGGCUUAAACAGCUUGUUGUAUACUUGUUCAUUUGAGUCAGGGUUUUUUUCUGCAAAAAAGACCAACUAUGUUGCCAAACUGCUCAGUUUUUUUUGUCACUUUUUCUCAAUUUAGUUUUUGUACAAAAUGGCCUUACUCAAGCCCAAAAUAUGAAAUUGAGAAUGGAUGAGUCAACUUUGAUGAGGUUCUCAUUUGAUAUUGGUUCAAGGCACGAUUUCACUCUCCAGUUCUUUGUAGUUUCUCCCAUACCUGGCAUAUUUUUUAAUCCAAGUUAAUUUUUAGCAUUCACAGUCAUCUAGAGGUAGCAACAUUCAUUUAGAGGUUUAUAGAGAUUUGGUAUAAUAUGUAGCCAAUGGAAAAAGCAUUUUUGUUUUAACAAAUUUAAGCUAUGCAAAUGAAUUUUCACACUGUUAAAACAGUACAAUCAAGUUGUUUCAUUCACACUCUAGUUUUCCUAUUUGCUGAAGUCGUCUAGAGACGCACAUCAUACAAAAGAUUGUAGUAUAAGUACAGUACUACUAAAUGUUCUAAUGAUACAUUCAGCUUCUUUUCCCAUCUUACUGGUUGUUUAGUUCUGUUUUUGCCAAAUGUGUAUGACUCUCACCGUGUGUGCCAUUGAAAAGAAACAUGUAUGGAGUGGAACAAUGUUGCUUUGUCUUAUUUUCUUACAUGAUAAAACAAUAAAUAACUUUGGAACAUGUAAUGUUCUCUACUUAA